AUGCCACUCCCUCACGCGAGCGUUCACCUGAACAAUGAGAACGAAAUGCCCACAGAUCUACACGCCUCUCGUCUUGGAAAGCGUCAGAUCUCUAGAGACGUGCCUGAUGGUGGCAAUCCCGAGAAGCGUCCAAGGUACACGAAGACACAGAGCCACACAAGCUCAACCGGAGGAUCUCGUCGGUCAGCUAUGGGGAAUGUGACCAAUCGACGCUGCGCUCUUGGAGAUGUGACCAAUAGGAUCAACAUUAAGAAGUCCAGUGUGAGUGCGUCGAUGGGCUCGUCGGUCGCUAAUGCGGGGGCGCUAUCCAAGAAGGCGAUUCUGGCGAGCAAGCGCAGCCUCAGCGAUAUCAGUGCCAAGAGCAGCAGUGUUAGAAACGCCAACGUCAACGCCAGCAAACGAAACUUCCGCAACGUGACUCUCAGCAGUCGCCACGCUGGUGCAAUGUCUAGCAGCACAGUGACCCUCGGUAGUUGCAGCUCGUCAUCUGUCAUUAAUCGGAUGAGUCGCCCGCUACCAGUGGUGACGCCGACGGGCACGCUUGGAUCGAUGAGAUCGAUGGAAAAAAUCUUACCAGCCGAUGACAUCAUCCAACCAACGCCGGAAAGCUAUAAUCACGACAUUGACUCUGAGGACAAGAAUGACCCGACUGCGUGCUGGCAGUACGCCGAGGACAUAACGAAGUACCACUUGGAGGCAGAGAAAAAGAGCAAGAUCAGCAGCUCCUACAUGGCCCGCCAGUCGGAUGUCAACCCAAAGAUGCGUGCUAUCCUUGUGGAUUGGCUGAUCGACGUCCACUACAAGUAUGGCUUGCUUUCUCAGACUUUGCAUAUUGCUGUCCUUCUUAUCGACCACUAUUUGGAGAAGGAUCUAACAAUUGGACGUCAGCGUCUUCAACUUGUCGGCGUUUCGGCGAUGCUUAUCGCUUCAAAGUACGAAGAGAUUUAUCCCCCACAGGCCGAAGAUUUUGCAAAGAUUACCGACAACGCAUUCACGCGAGAUGAGGUUGUCCAGAUGGAAGCAAAAAUCCUUGCAACAAUCAGCUACCGAGUGACAUUUCCGACAGCUUUCCAGUUCAUGAAGCGAUUCCUCAAGGCUUCGCGUAGUUGUGACGAUCGUGUGGAGCAUUUUGCGCAUUAUGCAAUUGACCGCAGCUUGCAGGAAUACAAACUUAUCAAGUAUUUGCCGUCCACGAUCGCUGCGUCGGCAGUCCACAUUGCGCGGUCGCAAAUGCUCGAUUUUCCAGUUUGGUCAUCAACCCUCGAGCAUCAUUCGUCGUACAGUGAGCGAAGCCUAGAUCCUUGUGUUGAUGAUAUGAAGGAAAUGCUGCGGAACACGUCCAAGUGUGUGGGAUGGAUGGCCAAGCUCACUGCUGCGCGACGAAAGUUCAGCAAAGAGCGCUUUAUGGGAGUGGCAGCUGACCCGCUCGGAUUUGGCGAAAGCGCCUGA